GUUCAAGCUGGGUCCCUGUGUGUUCAGGCGACAGGUACACACGUGUCUGGUGGUCCGAGCCUGUGUGUGUGUGUGUCUGCGAGCACCCAUCUUUAAGUGAAUGUAUCUUUGCCUGCAUACCGGGUGCCUGUGGGUGUCCACCUCUGUCCAAGCUCCGGUUUCAGUGUGGGCGCGUGUGUACAUGGAUCAGUAUGCUUGUGAGCCCUCGCUUCCUUCGUGCCUGGCACCCCCCGCCCAUCGCAGCCAGGAUGCCCACGAGGCGCUGGGCGCCGGGCACCCAGUGCAUCACCAAGUGUGAACACACGCGCCCCAAGCCGGGGGAGCUGGCCUUCCGCAAGGGCGACGUGGUCACCAUCCUGGAGGCCUGCGAGAGCAAGAGCUGGUACCGCGCCAAGCACCACGACAGCGGCCAGGAGGGGCUGCUGGCUGCGGGGGCACUGAGGGAGCGGGAGGCCCUCUCCACAGACCCGAAGCUCAGCCUCAUGCCGUGGUUCCACGGGAAGAUCUCGGGCCAGGAGGCCGUGCAGCAGCUGCAGCCGCCCGAGGACGGGCUGUUCCUGGUGCGUGAGUCCGCGCGGCACCCGGGUGACUACGUGCUGUGCGUGAGCUUCGCCAGCGACGUCAUCCACUACCGCGUGCUGCACCGCGAGGGCCACCUCACCAUCGACGAGGCUGUCUGCUUCUGCAACCUCAUGGAUAUGGUGGAGCAUUACAGCAAGGACAAAGGGGCCAUCUGCACGAGGCUCGUGAAGCCCAAGAGGAAGCAGGGCGCCAGGUCGGCAGAAGAGGAGCUGGCCAAGGCGGGCUGGUUACUGAACCUGCAACAUUUGACGCUGGGAACGCAGAUUGGAGAGGGGGAGUUUGGAGCCGUCCUGCAGGGCGAGUACCUGGGGCAGAAGGUGGCUGUAAAGAACAUUAAAUGCGACGUGACUGCCCAGGCCUUUCUGGACGAGACGGCUGUCAUGACGAAGAUGCAGCAUAAGAACCUGGUGCGUCUCCUGGGUGUGAUCCUGCACCAGGGUCUGUACAUCGUCAUGGAGCACGUGAGCAAGGGCAACCUGGUGAACUUUCUGCGCACUCGGGGCCGUGCCCUUGUGAACAUCCCCCAGCUGCUACAGUUUUCCUUGCACGUGGCGGAGGGCAUGGAGUACCUGGAGAGCAAAAAGUUGGUGCACAGAGACCUGGCGGCCCGCAACAUCCUUGUUUCUGAGGACCUGGUGGCCAAGGUCAGUGACUUCGGCCUGGCCAAAGCCGAGCGCAAGGGGCUGGACUCCAGCCGGCUGCCGGUGAAGUGGACGGCGCCCGAGGCUCUCAAACACGGGAAGUUCUCCAGUAAGUCCGAUGUCUGGAGUUUCGGGGUGCUGCUAUGGGAGGUCUUCUCAUAUGGCCGGGCUCCAUACCCCAAGAUGUCACUGAAGGAGGUGUCAGAGGCCGUGGAGAAGGGGUACCGCAUGGAGCCUCCCGAGGGCUGCCCAGGCCCCAUCCAUACCCUCAUGAGCAGCUGCUGGGAGGCCGAACCUGCCCGCCGGCCCGCCUUCCGCAAACUGGCCGAGAAGCUGGCCCGGGAACUUCGAAGUGCGGGUGCCUCAGCCUCUGUUGGGGGGCAGGAUGCUGAUGGCUCUGUCUCACCCCGAAGCCAGGAGCCCUGACCCUGCCCCGCGGGGCCCAGUGCCCCAGAGGACCAAGGUGGUGGGGGGCGCAGGGCAGGGGUGUGCUCCAGCCUGAGAAGGGUCAAGGCCAGCAAGUGGCCUUCUGGCUCGGGGCACAGAGGCAGCCUCACGGAGCUCUGGGCAGCCCGAGGCCCCGGGGAGGAGCAGGGCCAAGCCUGGAUAAAGAUUGGUGUCAAGGCCUGUGGGUGUCUGAGUCUCUCUGCAGCCCUCAGCGUCCUCCCACCCCCAGGGGUCCAUCUCCACCCUCUGCGGGGGUCCAGCCCCUGGGGCCCUACAGCCUCUGUGGGGGACACAGUUCCCAGGGAUCAAGCCAGGGACUCAGGUGCCGUCACCCACAGCUUCCUCGCUGCGGUGCGCCGGGGGUGCCUUGUCAGUGGUGGGAACCCCACCUUCAGCUUCUUAGGGUUCUGGGCCCACAGCCCUGGGACAGUGCCCGUGGCAUGGAGGUCCGGCCCCUGUCUCUUCCCACCCGUCCCAUCCUCGCCGCCAGAGUAGGUGUCUGGGAGCAGGGGGAUCCGGUGCCACUACCUGGGCGUGUCCCCUGCGCGCCCCUGUGCUCCGAUGCCGUGGCCUGACAGCCUGGAUCAGCGCGGGGUGGGGCACCCUGGAAUCACCUGUCCUGAGGCCCUGGGCCCUGGUGUUCUCUUACAGUGGGGUGCAGGGAGGCUGCAGGCUUGCAAUGCCAACCCCCUCCUACAAAGCCUGGCUCCCCUUUAGCUGUGCAGUCAGUGAUGGGGAUGUGAGGGCUCACCCCCUCCCCAGCCCCCGCAGCCUCCUCUGCGGCCACAUAUCUUUGGUGGCAACAUGGGGGUUUGGAGGUGGUGACUGUGGACCUCCCUAGGGAAGGGCUGAGCGCCUACGGGCCGCUCAGGCACUGCAGGGGCUGCCAGCGCCCCCCUGGGCAGGGGCUCAGGCUGGUGAGGGCUCACGCCGGGGCCCUGCCCCAGCCCACCCCACCUUGCCAGGCUGCGGAAGGCCAAGGGCCCCACCCUAACAGCAGGCCUUCCCACAGGGGCCACAAAGUGCCCAAGGUCAUGCUGACCCCUGCUGUGCCCCCUGGGCCCCCACCCACCCUAGACCUCAGUUUACCCACUGGCACCUGAAGGGGGUUGUGGUUAUUCCUGGAGGAGCAAUGAAAGGUGGGGGGGGGCGGCAAGAGGGACCCAGAGUCCCUCGUCCUUGCUGUUAAGUCCAUAAUCCAGCUGGACGGGGCAGCCGGUCUCCCUGCCCGCCCCCACCCCCAGCUCUGGUCCAGCUUCUAAGCUGACACAGCGUCCGGAGCUUCAGCCACCCCCCACGAUGUCCCCCGAGCCCCCCACGCCACUUGACCCACCAGCCGCUUAGCCGAGGAGGCCUGAGGGCCAAGCUGCUCCUGAGCUUUUCACUGAGGAAGCAGUUACGGGGCUUCUCUCCCCAGAGGGGCCCUCAGGGUGCCCUUCCGACCUUCCUGCCUGGGUUGGUGGGGGGCACAGCCUUGUCUUCCUCCAAAUCGGUCUCCCCCCCUUCGGAUAGCAGACCCCUUCCUCCAAGGCCUGGUACCCUGUUCCUGUGUGGGACUUUCUUUGUUUCCUUUCUGUGGAUGUUUCUUCCUUCAAAGCCAGCGUUCUAGAAGAGUCUGUGUGCUUUCUCCCUUGCCCAUCUGGCCCACAGGGACAGCCCUCCCAUCCUGUGUCACUACUUCUCCAGCCUUUCCUCAGCUUCGUCCUGCCUUCCUCACCACGGUCCCCAUUCCUGGUUUUCAGGGGACCCCCCUUGCAUGAGCCCCCAGGCCCCUUGGAUUAGGAGGGUUGGCCAGCCAGUCCGAGGAGCUUCCCCUGGAGCCUGCUCAGGCUCUCAGGCUCCCCGCGUGGUAACCCCAUCAUCCGCCUGGCUCUAAAAUGGGGGUGUAGGUAUCAUUGGAUUCUCCUUCCUCCUCCCUAAACUUUCUCCCAGAAUUGCACUCCCACCCUCCCACCUCACCAUCCCCGUGACCCUCACUCCACCCAGGUCUGUGCUCCUCCUGCUCUCUCCUCCCCCACCCCUGUCCUCCCCUGCACACCUAAGAAUUUGCAGCCUCCGAGUAGCCUCCGGUUCUGGUUCUGAUCGCCUCUCCUGCUC